GCGUAUAAUCCGAUGAUCAAAUCGACCUGAAGUGCCCAGCGGUCGCCAAGGCAACAAACGCGUUGCUUUGCGUCUAAUGAUGCACCGCCCAUCUACCAAUAAACAACCAAUAGGGAGAGUGUAAAGACGGAUCAAGAAUCUGCCAGUCAGCUUCCAAGUGCGUCAAAGCGUAUUAGUUCAUAGGCGUGUUCGAAAUCUUGCAGCGCUGCACGUAUGACACUAAAGUACCGCGAGAAUGAUUCGAUAGCCUGUAUUUGAAUCGCUCUCGCGGUACUUCACUGUAAUCCAGUGAUUGAUUUGCGCAGCGCCCGAUGAAGUCGAGUACGCUAGUUUUGUUAAACAUCAGGAGGCGCGUGCAUUCACAGUUUCACAUCAGCAACGCUUUCGAGUUAACACUCAGACCAUUCAAACGGGAAAUGGAGAGGAUACCGUUGAGUUUGGGCAGCUUGCGAACACUGCCGUGGUACGUUGCAGCUUCUCAGGUGCUCGGCGUGGCAUGUGUGGUGAUUACAGGUGUGUGGAUGGGACAUUACCGUGGAGGUUUUGCUUGGGAUGGUUCAGCACAAGAGUUUAACGUCCACCCUCUCUGCAUGGUCCUCGGCUUGGUCUUCCUCUAUGGAGAUGCUGUUCUGGUUUAUCGCGUCUUCAGAAACGAGAGUAAACGCGCUGUGAAAAUUCUCCACGCUUUGCUGCACAUGAUGGCUCUCAUCAUCAGUAUUGUAGGUCUAGUGGCCGUAUUUGACUUCCAUGCGACUGCAAAGAUUUCCAACAUGUACUCGCUCCACAGCUGGUGUGGCAUGAUUACCUUUGUUGUGUUUAUCUUACAGUGGUUGCUGGGAUUGGGAUUUUUCCUGUUUCCCUGGGCAUCUGCUCAAUUGAGGAGCUUGUAUCUACCACUGCACAUCUUCUUCGGCUUGUUGCUGCUGGCCAUGUCUGUAGGAACCUGUCUGCUGGGUAUCACAGAGAAAUUGCUUUUUAAUAUCAUGUCGACCUACUCGGAGUUUGCGGCAGAGGGGGUCCUAGCGAACACCUUAGGCUUGUUGCUGGUGUGCUUUGGCGUCGUGGUGGGUUACGUGGUGACGAGAGAAGAUUUCCGACGACCACCGAAUCCAGAGGAAGAGGCUUUAUCUGUGCACUUUAAGACGCUGUCAGAAGGAGAAAUCCCCAGCUCGCCUUAAUUUUAUUACAUAAUAUAACAACUGCCUUCCUACACAUAAAACAAAUGCUGUUUGUUUCAACCAUUAGUUGGGUAAAAUAUGCACUCGAUUUUUCAACACAGCGUUGGGCCGAUAAGGGAUGAACCUAACCCGUUGGGUUGUAAUUUAACAUAUGCUGGGUUGUUUUAAUUCAUUGUGGGUCAAAUAUAAACAUUUUGAGGGUUGAUUCAACAAUUUUUCCCAACGAUGAGUUUCAAAUAACCUAUCAUUUUUUAGAAUGUGGAUUAACCCAGUCAUGGGGUUUAAAUUAACCAAUGGUGGGUUGUUUCAACCCAUAUUUAAGUCAAAUAUAAAUAGGUCUAUUUAAAUCAGCGGUUAGGUUAAAACAACCCAGCAUUAGCUUAUAGAGCUGUCAGCAAGUUUGUUUAAAAUUAAUUUUUCCAUUUGUUACCCAUUGCAUUUAUCCAUGUUAUUCAGUUACAGAAUAUGGUUUUGGUAACGUAAUUAUAUGGUUAGAGAUUGGCUGUGAUUUCAGACGAACUGUUUGUGUUGGACACCCUCUUGUGUCAUAUGACAGUCAUGGCAGGAUUAAGCCACAACCUACACUACCCAUUUAUUUUUUAUUACUGCCGUACUUAUAUAUUUUGGUUAGACUUAUUAAUAUAUACAUAUUUUGUUUUACAUUUAAUUGUGCAAAGCCAAACCCAACUGACAUAAAAAAGUUUGUGCUGUAUAUUUUGA